AUGGCAGAUCAGGAGAACAACCAUGACGAACUCAAGGCACAGGAGAACCAACUCCGAUCCAAAUAUGGAAACAUCGACAAACGUAAAGGGAACGCGAUGCUGAUGAAGAAACUGCAGGGAAAAAACAAACAGUAUUUCGACUCUGGCGAUUAUAACAUGAAGUCGGGAAAGAAGGCAGCUAAUCCCAUGGCUAAUCCACUGGCGGCGAAGACAGUUCCAAACAUGCCGGGCGGAGAACUACCACCCGUUAUUCGCCGAGAAUCCCUUACAACCGCCAAUCAGCCCACAGCAGAACAGAUGGCUGCUCUUCAGCAACGACGCGGCUCCCAAGUUUCCGCCCUUGCUCUUUCCAACUCCAACUGA